UCCCUGCAGCUUGAUGGAGGUGGUGGUGGUGGUGGUGAGAGGAGAGCAGUGGUGACUGUGCACAUCAGGGCUUAAAUUAAAGAAGAUGCAUGGAGAUCUCAGGCAGCUGGCAGCAAUAUUCAUCUCCUUCUUGCACGGUGUGUCCCCUCUUCAGUCAGGGCGCUUCCUCCUGAGCCCAGCGGCAUCAUGGGAGGUUCCACGUCGUCCCUGGCUGACGAAGCGGAGGGUGACGCCGCCCCCUCCCGCGGUGCAGCCCUGCCCCCCUCCCCCAUCAUGGGAUGUCUGAGGAGCAGCCAGAGCUCCUCCAUCCCACGGCAGCUUCCCAGACCCAGCAGGCACAGAGAGCGCAGUUUCUCCUCUGGGUCGAUGCCCAUGCAGAGGAGCCAGUGGUCUUGUGGCUGUUGCACUUUCCUCAACGCAGCCGGCGCUCCCCGCUGCUCCAUCUGUGAAGCCCCUCGGCGGAGACCCGACACCCGGUGGAUGUGGCAGGGGGCCAGCAGGGAGGAUGGUCGCUGGUCCUGUCCUCGCUGCACGCUGGCCAACCCCGCCGACAGCCUGGCCUGCUCUCUGUGUAGCUACGCCGCCGGAGCGCCGGACCGACCCCGGGGCCCCUCCGAGGACCAGCCGCGGCCUCAGCGCUCCAGCAGCUGCUCCGGGCCCCUGAGGCCCCCGGACGCCGUUAUAAACAGCCUGGUUUGGGAGUGUUUGAGGUGCACUCUGCAGAACACCCCUACCUCCAUGUCCUGCUCUGCUUGUGGCGGACCACGCAAACUGUCUCUCCCACAGAUCCCCACCGCCGCCUUGCUCAUGCCUGAAGGUCAAACAGGAGAAGAACAGCCAGAGCCUGCAGCGGGGGUGCUGUCCCUUUCCAUAUCAACCAGAGGCGAGUGUUUACCGGUGGAGGCCUCACAUCCACACACAAACUCCUCAGUGCUCAGUGGAGCGUCUUCAAGUCUCAGUGGAGCGUCUUCAGGUCAUAAUCCUCUUCCCUGCAGCCGCAGAGAGGUGCCACCUCCAGAAGGUUGCCUCACUCAAACUCACAACUUAAGUCCUUCUCCGUCAACGCUCACGGUUUCACACCUCUCCGCCCAACCGGAGGUGCUGCCCAGCAGGCGGCUCAGCAUCCUGAAUGAGGAGAUGUCACCGAUGUCACCGCUGUCACCUGCGCCGGACGCCUCUUCGUUGUUCCCACCGUGCGUCGUCCCCACCGUUAACAGGAAGGAGGAGUGGGCCUGUCCGGCGUGCACUCUCAUUAACGAGGUGAAAGCCAAACACUGCCUGGCCUGCCACACUCCUCAACAGCACGUCGCCCAGCUCAGACCAGCUGGGUCCCCGAAGAGGAAGGAGAGCAUGCUGGUGGAGGCGCUGCGACAGAGUGAUGAAGGAGAGGCCAAAGAGCUGUGGGAGAACAUCGUCAGCUUCUGCAGAGAGAACGCCGUGACGUUUGUGGACGACAGCUUCCCUCCCGGUCCGAAGUCCGUGGGCUUCCCGGCGGACGACAGCGUCCAGCAUCGGGUCAGGAAGUGGCUUCGUCCUCAAGAAAUCAACUGCUGCAACUUGAGAGACCGCGCGGUGAAGUGGUCCGUUUUCCGCACUCUUCGUCCAUCCGACAUCCUGCAGGGACUUCUGGGUAACUGCUGGUUCCUGAGUGCCUUGGCUGUUCUGGCUGAACGUCCCGAGCUGGUGGAGAAAGUGAUGGUGACGCGCUCGCUGUGUGCAGAAGGAGCCUAUCAGGUGCGUCUGUGCAAAGACGGCUCGUGGACCACCGUGCUGGUGGACGACAUGCUGCCGUGUGACGAUAACGGACACCUCCUCUUCUCUCAGGCCCAGCGGAAGCAGCUCUGGGUGGCUCUGAUUGAGAAAGCGCUGGCCAAGCUCCACGGCUCCUACUUUGCUUUGCAGGCAGGUCGUGCUAUCGAGGGCCUGUCCACGCUGACCGGGGCCCCCUGCGAGUCGCUGGCCCUCCAGGUCAGCACCACCAACCCCAAGGAGGAGCCCAUCGACACUGACCUCAUCUGGGCCAAAAUGCUGAGCUCCAAAGAAGCAGGUUUCCUGAUGGGGGCGUCUUGUGGAGGUGGUAACAUGAAGGUGGAUGACUCGGAGUACGAGUCCCUGGGUUUACGUCCAAGACACGCUUACUCUGUCCUCGAUGUGAGGGACGUAGACGGUCACAGGUUACUGCAGCUGAGGAACCCGUGGGGCCGCUUCUCCUGGACCGGACCCUGGGCGGACGACUGGCCAAGCUGGCCUGCACACCUGAAGAGGGAGCUGUGUGCCCAGCGAGCCGAAGACGGCCUGUUCUGGAUGGACUUCUGGGACUUCAUCAGGUACUUUGACUCAGUGGAUAUCUGUAAGAUUCAUUCCGACUGGCAGGAGGUCCGAGCGCCGGGCGUUUUCCCCCGAGGAGCCGACGUGCCGGUGACGGUGGUGUCCAUCACCGUGCUGGAGAGAACGGCCAUGGAGCUGGCUUUAUUCCAGCAGGGCAGCAGGCGAUGGGACACGGCAGAGAGCCACCUGCUGGAUCUGUGCGUGUUGUUGUUUCGUGUUUCCUAUGACAGCUCGGGGAUGCCGGCGCUCGGCCGUCUGCUGGCUCACAGCCGCCGCUCCGUGAGGAGGUUUGUGGGCUGCGACGUCAUGCUGGAGCCGGGAGAAUACGCCGUGCUCUGCUGCGCCUUCAACCACUGGCACAGCGCCGGCACGGACGGGACGGCGAACUGCGGCCGAUCAGAGGUACCUGGUUACAUGCUGGCGGUCUACAGCUCCAGACUGGUGAUGGUGGAGCAGGUAACCGCCUCCAAAACCACCAUCGCCGACGCCGUCAUCCAGCUGACAGAAACUAAAGGAGAGAGACACGAGGGUCGAGAGGGGAUGACCUGUUACUACCUGACCCACGGCUGGGCCGGGCUCAUCGUCAUGGUGGAGAACAGACACCCGAGACAUCACCUCCACGUGUCAUGUGACUGCAGCGACAGCUUCAACGUGGUGUCGACGCGCAGCAGCCUCAGAACCAUCGACAGCAUCCCUCCUCUGCACAGACAGGUGCUCGUGGUUUUGUCUCAGCUGGAGGGAAACGCCGGGUUCUCCAUCACACACCGGCUGGCUCACCGUAAGGCCGUCCAGGCUUCUCUGGGGAACUGGAGUCCCUCGAAGGCGACACACAGUCCGGCUCUGAGCCCGGAGACGGCAGGUCUGCAUCGGCCCCGACCCCUCUGACUCUGAGAUCAAAAGAUCUGUUUCACACGCUACAAAUGAGAUCUCAACACGGAGGAGCGGUCCAACACUUGCUGGGAGUUGUGCUUGUUCGUCUCAUUUGUACGAUGACGUAUUAACGCCAUUGUAAGUAAAUAAAAACAAUAAUAAUUACGGAGCUUGGAAAAGGGGGGUAAAUAGUCAGAGAAAAACUCUGAAUUUUAACAUUUAGUUUAGUUUUCACAACAGGGUCAUACAUUCAAUAGCCUUAACGUUACAUCCGUGAAAUUGUCAAGAGUAAUUCUAAAAUAAAAAAUCUGAAUUUACGAGAAAAAAAACUUGGAUAUUCUCUGAUUUUAUAAAACCAGAAAUUUGUGAGAAAAAAACAAAAAGAUUCUGCAAAACCGUCUGAAUGUCGUUGCUCCUAAAGUGUUAUUAUGUUAAGGAUGGCCUCUGAGACGAGGAGAAGGUCCUGAAAGAUACAUAG